UCAAUAAUUUGACAGCUGUCAUCAUUGUCAUCAAUGCAUAGACAAAGAUGUAUAGAUACAAUUUGUUUAUGAAUCCUAUCCAUAGAAAUUAAUCCAGAGAAAUGAAUUUAUAUUUUGCACAAAGGUAAUACGCAUAUACGGUGAAAAAUAAAAAUAUGGGAAAAACUAUGCGAGUGGUUGUUUGUGGAAUGAAAGGAGUGGGUAAAACUGCGCUUUUGGAGCAGCUGAUAUAUGGAAACGUUACUCCAAAGACAGAAAUCCAUCCAACGAUAGAAGACAUUUAUGUAGCAAAUAUCGAAACAGACAGAGGCACCAGAGAAAAAGUGAGAUUUUACGACACAGCAGGAUUGGAAGCUCUUCAGAGCAAUUCCAACAAUCAACAAUUACCUCGACAUUAUCUUGGUUUCGCAGAUGGCUACGUUUUAGUCUACGACACAACGAAACCAGAAUCUCUCGAUGUCCUUAUUCCCCUGAAGAAGGAUAUUGACAAAAACAAGGAUAAAAAAGAAAUAAUAAUUAUUGUCGUCGGCAACAACACGAAAAUGGAUUCUGAAAACCAGUCUUUAGAAAAUACUGCCAGCAAAGCUGCGAAUUGGUGCACUCGAGAAAAAGUCAGACAUUUCGAAGUAAGUGUAAUCGAUAGAUCCAGUUUAUACGAGGCAUUUAUUUACCUUUCAUCAAGACUCAACCCUCCGCCCAACAAAAGUAGUUUUCCGCAAUUGAGUAUGGGAAGAAAAAAUACAAAAACGGAAGCCACUUGAUGGUUUCUUUUAGAUCUGAUUUACUUUCUAUCCAAAUGGAGAUAGAAUCUCGAGAAAUUUUCAUCUCUUUAUUGAAAAUUUGCUUUAAUGUUGUAAUUGUGAAUUGCAGCUAAAAAUUAAUCCUUUUUUUAAAAUACAUGGUGUCUACUUACCUGGAAAAUCUUCAAUUCUCAGGGAAUUUGUAUGUAGAUUAAAAAACCUGAAAAAAUUCUUUAUUUUUCAAAUAGAUUCAUUUUACUGAAUUUAACUGUUUAUUU